AUGUUUCUAGGUAUAUCUGUAUUAAUCACCUCAUUAAAAUCACAUACAAACUGCUCACACUUAGAAACAACUGACUCAGUUCGUCAAUAUAUCUUAGAAAAAAAAUGGCAACAAGAUGGAGAGUAUGGUUCAUUGACCUUAUGGUAUGAAAAGAUAAUUAAGGAGAAUGAUUCAUUAAAUAUUUUAUCAUAUUUUUGUCCUCUGGAAGAUUUCAAUACACCAUUCUUUGAUGAAAAUAAACAUUUGAUUGGACAAAUUUCAGCACUUUUUGCUCAAAAAGAUGGGUUUAUUUUAAGUGAACAUCCAAAUGAGCCUUGUCAGCAUUCACGUGUAAAUAUACAUGAAUGUGAGAAAAGAAAAAUAAAUCAUGAGGAAUUCAUAGUAUCUUGGCCUAAAAUAUUAAUUUUCGAAAUUACCCAAAGAGAUAAUGGUAGUUCUAAUUCAUCAGAGAGUUUGAAUUUUCCUCUUCAUCUAAACUCUGGAUGCUUGAAUUAUAGUUUAUUAGGACGUGUAUAUAGUACUUCUACAAGUGGAAGUCAUUUUUAUAGUAGAUUAAUAAAAAACUUUAAUGAAAAUAUUGGUAUUUACAAAUAUGAUGAUCUUAAUGGUGGGAUUGCGAUUUUAGAAUCAAAUAAUCCAAUUUCACUAGCAGGGGAACAACAAUUAGCAACUUUGGUUGCAUAUAAUCUAGAGGAAGACAAUUUGGAUUAUUUUAAUAGUAAAACAAAUAUUUUAAUAGAUAAAUUAAGAAAUUAUAACAUUGAAAUUCCUAAUAAUAUUACUUCAGGAAUGAAAUUGAUGGAAUUUUUUAUGGAUAAAUCAAAUCAAUAUCACACGAUUUCAAGUUCUAACAAUAGAGUUGAAGGCCCAAAUACUAGUGAUAAAAGAACUAAUAAAAAAGAAUGUGAUAAAGAUCUCUGA